AUGACGGCUAACAAAUAUUCGGUUAUCUUGCCAACAUACAAUGAGAAAAGAAACCUUCCAAUCUUGGUAUACUUGUUGAACAAGACUUUCACUGAACAUAAGUUGGAGUGGGAGGUGAUUAUAGUUGACGACAAUUCUCCUGAUGGCACACAAGAAGUGGCCAAGAAACUCAUUGAUAUUUAUGGCUCAAAGCAUAUUCAGUUGCGCCCUCGUGCCGGAAAAUUGGGGCUUGGAACAGCCUAUGUACACGGAUUACAAUAUGUCACUGGUAAUUUUGUCAUUAUCAUGGAUGCGGAUUUCAGUCAUCAUCCUGAAGCUAUUCCUGAAUUUAUUGCUAAACAGAAAACCGAGGAUUACGAUAUUGUCACUGGAACCAGGUAUGCAGGAAAUGGUGGAGUUUACGGAUGGGACUUUAAGAGAAAGUUGAUUUCAAGAGGAGCCAACUUUUUAGCCACAGUUGUGUUGAGACCAAACGUUAGUGACUUGACGGGUAGUUUCAGGUUGUACAAGACAGAUGUUUUGAAAAAAAUUAUUGAUGUUACCCAGUCGAAAGGGUACGUGUUUCAGAUGGAAAUGAUGGUGAGGGCAAGAAGUUUGGGGUUCACCGUGGGAGAAGUGCCCAUCAGCUUUGUUGAUAGGUUGUAUGGUGAAAGUAAGCUAGGUGGAGACGAAAUAGUCCUGUAUGCCAAGGGAGUGUGGGCUUUAUUUACCAGUGUUUAA